AUGACGAUGAAGCCCGCAGCGGAGACAGAGAGGAACACGAGCCCCCAGGACUGCGCGGGUUGCGGAAAGCGGAUUAAUGACAGAUACCUCCUGAAGGCGCUGGAGAUGUACUGGCACGAAGACUGCCUCAAGUGCGGGUGCUGCGACUGCCGCCUGGGGGAGGUUGGGUCCACGCUGUUCACGAAGGGCAACCUCAUUCUCUGUAGGAGGGAUUACCUUAGGCUCUUCGGUACAACGGGAUAUUGUUCAGCGUGUUCAAAGGUUAUCCCCGCCUUUGAGAUGGUUAUGAGAGCCAGGAACAAUGUGUACCACCUUGAGUGUUUCGCUUGUCAACAGUGCAACCACAGGUUCUGCGUGGGCGACAAGUUCUACCUCUGCGACAACAAGAUCCUCUGCGAAUACGACUAUGAGGAGCGCCUCGUCUUCGCGUCCAUGGCCUGCACGCCCUCGUCGCUCGCCCAGCUCAAGCGGCAGAUCGGUGGGCUGGAGAGCCCCGCGGCCCUCGACGAUUCCCGCAAGCCUCCACCCUCCACCACCUCCACCUCCACGCCCCUCCAACACGGGCCGCUCCACCACCACCACCACAACGCCACGCCAACACAGCCGCAACAGCCUCCACCUCCUGCACCACAGCAACUACCCUCCCAGCAGCAACAGUCUCCCCUCGUGCAACAACAGCAACAGCAACAACAGCAAGCACCUCCGGCACCGCCCCCUCAGCGCCCGAUGGUCACGUGA